GCUUCCUCCGCGCUGCGUCGGGAUCGUUUCCUGGGAGCUUGGCGGAUGCUCAUUGGGCCGUCGGGGACUUUAUGAAAAUGGAAAAUUCUGAGGCAUGUGUAGGCUUUGAUCUCUGUGAGACACCACUCUCCAGUGUUGCUCAGAAGAUCAUGUCUGCUAUGCAUUCAGGUGAUGUAGUGGAUUUUAAGAACUGGGGAGAGAGUACAAAGACUGUAGAAAUGACCACCAAAUCCAGUGUUAAGUAUUCAGUGCUACUUGAAGAUGGGAAAGAUCAAUCUCUGGAAGGAAGGAAUCCUAAAUCUUUAACAAGCCAAGCAUUGAAAGGGUCCAUCAGGCUCCCUCCUUGGUCCUCCACAGCCAGGCUCACAGAGCAGCUGUCUGCUGACCAAAAGCAAAAGAGCAUCAGCCCUCGCUCCAGCAGUUUAAUUCCACAGUAUAAUCAAGAGGCUUCCAUUCCACAGAAAACAGAGAAUAAGAGAAAGCAUUUCCUAAAGGAAAAUAUAAACAAGGAAAAUAAGGAAAGCAUGAAACAUAAAAGAAAACAUGUUACAUAUGGUAAUUCAUCAGAGAAAAUAAGUAAACACAUGGCACUGGAAGAGGAUACCAAUGAGGUUGAAGCCUACCUAACCUCUGGGGACUCAGGACACUUUUGCGACAUUAGGUAUUUGGAUGAUUUGGCAAAAAGCCAGCUGACAGGAGUGCUGAAGCAGGCAGCAGCCCUGGUAGUAACCCUGAUGUAUAAGGAUGGCUCCACCCAGUUAAGAGCUGACCAGGCCCUGACUUCCUGUGUUAAAGGGGUUGUGAUGUUACUUAAGAGACAUGUGGAGGCAGGCAACAGCUUUCUGAGUGAUCCGGCCUUCGGUGGUGGCCUGGCAGGAGGAUCCAAGCAAGGGGAUUGGUGCAUAUACAUACACACAGAGCACACCUGUGUCUGGGGCCGAGAACAAGAGGCACAUAGGCAAUUUGCCAGGGAGGUGCUGUUUCAAACACUGAAAUGUAAAUGCCCUGUCAUUUGUUUCAAUGCCAAGGACUUUGUGAGAACAGUACUGCAGUUUUUUGGUGACGAUGGCAGUUGGAAGCAUGUUGCUGAUUUUGUAGGACUAGAUCCCAGAAUUGCUGCGUGGCUCAUAGAUCCCAGUGACGCCGCACCUUCUUUUGAGGACUUAGUGGCGAAACACCUUGAAAAGUCCAUUACAGUCAAAGCAAGCAGCACAUUUGGAAAUUCCUCAAGAAAUAGUGUGAAUCAGAAUGUAUGUGUGAACCUGAGUAUACUGUACAGACUUACGAUGGACCUGUGUUCCAAGCUGAAGGCUAAUGGUUUAUGGCAACUAUUUUGUACUUUGGAGCUUCCUCUGAUCCCAAUCUUGGCAGUGAUGGAAAACCACAAGAUUCAGGUGAACAAAGAAGAAAUGGAGAGGAUGUCAGUGCUUCUUGGGGCACGUCUCAAAGAAUUGGAGCAAGAAGCCCAUUUUGUUGCAGGAGAACAGUUUCUUAUAAUGAGUAGUAAUCAACUCAGAGAGAUCCUCUUUGGCAAGUUGAAGCUGCACCUGUUGAGUCCCAGGAAGAUCCCCCCCAGGCCAGGGGCACAGCGGUACCCGUCCACGUCGGAGGCUGUGUUAAAGUCUCUGCAAGACCUUCAUCCCUUACCCAAGAUAAUUUUGGAAUACAGGCAGGUUCACAAGAUCAAGUCAACCUUUGUAGAUGGAUUACUAGCUUGCAUGAAAGAGGGUUCCAUUUCUUCUACAUGGAAUCAGACUGGAACUGUGACCGGCAGACUUUCAGCCAAGAAUCCUAAUAUCCAAGGUAUCUCCAAGCAACCAAUUCAAAUUACUACACCUCGAAACUUUAAAGGUAAAGAAGAUAAGACUCUCACAGUCUCCCCGAGAGCUCUGUUGGUCUCUUCCAAAGGCCACACCUUCCUAGCAGCAGACUUUUCACAGAUUGAAUUGCGCAUUCUUGCACAUUUAUCUGGGGAUCCAGAACUUCUGAAGUUAUUCCAGGAAUCUGAAAGAGAUGAUGUAUUUUCUACCUUGACUUCACAGUGGAGGAACAUUCCCGUAGAGCACGUGAUGCCAGCAGACAGAGAGCAGACCAAGAAGGUGGUGUACUCUGUGGUCUACGGAGCAGGAUACCUCCCUGCGUGUGCACAGAACUCCCUGCUUGAGUCAGAUCUGCAUUCAGCGAGCCCCUCUCAGCCAGUGUUCAUUACCGUUCAAGUUGCCACAUCUUCAAGACUUAAAACAGCACGCUUUCACUGCUACAGUGUCUGUGGGGGCAGGCGUGUCGUGGCCAGGUCCCCUGCAGGCUGCUGCAGGAUGCUGACUGGGGCUGGGACCUCGAGCGAGCUUCGCCUGGGGAGGCACCUACCUCGCUCAGUGUCUGGCUCCCUCUGGCCUGUGGGCCCCAGCCUGGUAGAGCUCAUGUGCUCAGGGCAGGUGGCAGGACCCUUCUGCUCUGCUCGCUCACACCUGGCAGAGAAGGCACAGAGUCGCCAAACUCUGAGAACAUUCUGAUUGUGGGCAUAGUGUCUGGAGAACAGGUCAGGAGGUGAGCUCGGCAGGGACAAUGGGGACACUUACUACUGUCAUCAGUCACCUGGCCCAUUUCCUCCCCCUGUACCCGAGCCCAGGAGGACCGUCAUCUCUCCUCUCCACAUCUCUGCUCCUCAGAGAAAGGUGGCCUCCUGUCCGUCCAAUGGGCUCCUUCUGCAGCAUUUGCUUUGUUUUCUGGAGAGGAGUAGAGCUGCUGUGUAAAUAAGCAGUGAGUCACUAGCUGUGCUGCCAGCGAAGAGGGUAAUUUGGCUACUUUUAGCCUGGAUGGUGACAGGGGCGCCUACCCUAAGGCUCUGUCUCUGCUACCCUCAUUGUUCCACCCGCCUGACAGCUGGAAUUAGCACUUGUGUGCGCCUGGCUUAGGCUGUGCCUUGUUCUCCCUUGUUUGAGACCAGAACCUAUGGAUGAGCGGGGUGGAGGGUGCAAGUGAACUCACCAGGUUCCCGGGCUUCUGGGGACCCUCAAGAAGGCUGAUGCCAAGACAGUGGCCAGGCAGCUCCCAAAGGUGUGCCUCAUGCAUUUUCAAAAAACCAGCUCUGAGCAACCUAGCCACUACUGAUGGAGAUGCUGGGCCACCAGUGUCUUGGGAAAAUCAGUUCCUCAACCACUGUGAGGACCAGCUGUAAGACAAGCAAACAAGGUACUGCAAAGGUACUGCAAAGUGGGUGCAAUGCUUGGCCCCUGCAAGCUGUGGAGCAGGCCUGGCCCCACAGCACCUCAGACUCGUGCACCCCAUAUGUUGUUGUCUGGGCCUUGACCCCGGGCUGGCUUGCAGCCCACAUCCUCUCCUGCAGGUGGCUGAAGUCACCAUCUGUCUACUUACAGCGCACCUCCGCAGCUCACGGAUCCUUCUCCACCCUGGGCUGGCUGAGCUCCUUCUUUCUUAGAGUCAGCCUGACACUGAGUCUUCCCAGUACUUCCUCAGCGUGCUCCAUGUCCAGUCACACCAUCAGUAGUGCUUACUGAGUGUGUGCCCUGCGCCAGGAGCUCUGUGGACAAGGGCUCAGAGCCCACUCCCAAGGGGCUCACCUCUGUCUGCAGAGACAAGGGUGAACCCAACACUGCAUCUAGUGGGCAAGGAGCCUGAGGAUCAUAUCCAGCAUACACACAGAGCCCAUGAGCCCAGGAUUCUGCCCAGAGCAGCGACACCUGGGCUAUGCAGGUCUGUCAGGGUCUACUGCACAGCACUCCUGGGGCCUACUGCGGGUCAGGCACUUGCUCAUCGCUAAGACAGAACUGAGAGUACAAAUGAGCAAUAUGUGUGGGGUGGCACUUGGAGAAAAGAGAGUGAAGAUAUCUAUCCAAAGUUAACUCUAAG